CAGUCAGUAACUUGUUGCUGUCAAUUGAGUGUGAAAAAGGAAUUAGUGAUAUCAUCUGAAAUUUUAUCUGUGCUACAUUCAAACAACAGCAUCCCUUCCCAACCGUAUAGGACACAUCCUUUUUACUUGUUGAAACACCAGAGGAGUUAUUUUAUCAUCAAAAGUAAUCAGUACGAGACUAGAUCUCGUAGUCGCAAGUUUGCUUUUAGCUAACAAAAAAAUCCUAAGUGUGUUGUUUUAUCUAAAACAGCUUUUUCCACAAACAAUCUCCCAAAAUAUGAUGGAGUGACAAUGGAGCUAUACGAUAGGAAGGAGCUAAGAGCCGUUAUGCAACCAACAACAAACCCCGAGGCGCAGAUACACCAUGGGGCUGCAACAAACAACAGUUCAGGCAGCCCAAUGGAUAAUGCAGCCCAAUCGCACACUGCAACGGACGAAGGAACAUGGGGUACCAUAAAGACGUGGAUGAUACGCUGGCGUGGCUCCAGGCGUCUCGUCCUCGUAAUUGUGGCGAUAGCUCUACUGCUCGAUAAUAUGCUUUUAACUGUAGUUGUUCCCAUUAUUCCUGAAUUUUUGUAUGACAUUCGGCAUCCGGAUGCACCGUUAUCCUCCUUUCCCAAGACUCCGCCGCCUCCAACGCCAGCUCCGGGAUGUAAUGAUGCGCCACAGAGCGAUCUUACGACAUUGGGCUACGAAAAUUCCAGUUGGUAUGCCGAACGUGAGGAACGACACAAAGAACUUGUUGAGGAAACGGUCGAAGUUGGAGUCAUGUUUGCAUCCAAGGCAUUCGUACAAUUGUUGGCAAAUCCAAUUGUGGGACCAUUGACAAACAAGAUUGGAUACAGUAUACCGAUGUUUUGCGGUUUUGUUGUGAUGUUUUUCUCGACUAUCAUUUUCGCAUUUGGACGAACGUACACGGUGCUUUUUAUAGCGCGUGCUUUGCAGGGAAUUGGUUCGUCGUGUUCAUCGGUGUCUGGAAUGGGAAUGUUAGCAGAUCGUUUCACGGAUGACAAGGAACGGGGUAAUGCGAUGGGUGUUGCGUUGGGCGGUUUGGCCUUGGGUGUUCUCAUUGGACCUCCGUUUGGCGGAAUUAUGUAUGAAUUUGUAGGAAAAUCCGCACCUUUCUUGAUUUUAUCGGCACUCGCAUUACUAGAUGGUCUCCUGCAGUUGAUUAUGUUGCAACCUUCAAUCCAAGCGCCGCAGACAGUAGAACCUCCAACACUUAAAUCUCUCAUUUCCGAUCCUUAUAUUUUGGUAGCGAGUGGAGCCAUUACCUUUGCCAACAUGGGAAUUGCGAUGUUGGAGCCGUCACUUCCGAUUUGGAUGAUGGAUCGAAUGGGCGCCAGUAGAUGGGAACAAGGAGUAACAUUCUUACCUGCAUCGAUCAGUUACUUAAUCGGAACGAACUUAUUUGGACCUUUAGGACACAAAAUUGGUCGAUGGCUCGCAGCAAUGUUGGGUCUCAUCAUAAUCGGCAUCUGUUUACUUUGUAUCCCAAUGGCUACAUCAAUGAACCACUUGAUUCUCCCGAAUGCUGGAUUAGGCUUCGCUAUCGGUAUGGUAGACUCUUGUAUGAUGCCAGAACUCGGAUAUUUGGUAGAUAUUCGGCAUUCAGCGGUUUAUGGAAGCGUUUAUGCCUUGGGAGAUGUCGCUUUUUGUCUUGGAUUUGCGAUUGGACCUGCGCUCAGCGGUACCUUGGUAAACAGCAUCGGUUUCGAAUGGAUGUUGGUAGGAAUAGCCUUCUUAUGUUUCUGUUAUGCGCCGUUAUUGCGAUUCCUCAAGAAUCCGCCGACGCGCGAAGAGAAAAAGUCACUAAUUGUUGGCGAAAGAUCAGCCGUGCGUUAUGUCACCUACCAAAACGAGGAGGAUGACGAAUAGGAUUCGGUUAACCAAAACAACAACAACAACUUUACACAAAUUGUUCAACAAGAUCCUCUACUUGAAGAUUACGAAGUACUUGAUGAUUUGUAGCCACAAAAAAUAAACCAAGAACAAAAAACUGAUAAUCUCACAAAAUACCCACAAUUGAAUCGUCUUUGUUUCUCAUAAUUUUAUUAACAAACAAAAAUAUACAAAAUAAUUAAAGGAAUUGUAAAUUGCAUCACAUGGACGUAACAAACCACGAAAGAAUCACAGUAAGAAAAAAAAAUAAAUAAUUCACUUGUUAAUCAAAAUGCACUUAAUAUAUAUAAAAAUGCACACACACAAACACUAAUAAACAUAUUAAUAUACUCGUAUUACAUCAUUAUCAUUAUUAUUAUUUUAUUGCCAUAUGA